GAAAAGAUGGCACGGGCAAUGCUGGUACCGCCAGGACCUGAAAGCUUCUUCUAUUUCACCAAAGAAUCUCUUGCAGCUAUUGAAAAACGUAUUGCUGAUGAAAUAUCUCAUUGUGACAAAGAUGAGCCUAAAGAUGAUGGUGGUCAUGAAGAAAAUCACCCAAAGGCAAGCAAUGACUUGGAGGCAGGAAAGAUACUACCAUUUAUUUAUGGUGAUAUUCCUUCAGGAAUGGUGUCUGAGCCCCUGGAGGACCUGGACCCAUAUUACAUCAAUAAAAAAACAUUUAUAGUAUUGAAUAAAGGGAAGAAAAUCCACAGGUUCAGUGCCACACCUGCCUUGUACCUUUUAUCUCCUUUCAAUAUUAUUAGAAGAAUAGCUAUUAAGAUUUUGGUUCAUUCAUGGUUCAACAUGCUCAUUAUGCUCACUAUUAUGGCAAACUGUGUAUGUAUGACAUGGGCUAAACUUCCAGAAUGGAUGAAGAUUGUAGAGUACACUUUCACUGGAAUUUAUACUUUUGAAUUUCUAGUAAAAGUCCUUGCAAUGGGCUUCUGUAUAAAUGAUUUUACUUGCCUUCGUGACCCCUGGAACUGGCUUGAUUUUAUUGUCAUUUCCUUUGCGUAUAUAACAGAAUUUGUAAACCUAGGCAAUCUUUCAGCUCUUCGAACUUUCAGAGUAUUGAGAGCUUUGAAAACUAUUUCUGUAAUUCCAGGCUUGAAGACUAUUGUUGGAGCAUUAAUUCAGUCUGUGAAGAAGCUCUCGGAUGUUAUGAUCCUGACUGUGUUUUGCCUGAGUGUAUUUGCACUAAUAGGAUUGCAGCUGUUCAUGGGCAAUUUGAAGAAUAAAUGCUUGUUCUGGCCACCAGAAAAUUCAACAGCUUUUAAAAAAUACGUAGUUCCAUACUUUAAUGGUACAGAAUUUGACUGGGAAGCAUACAUUAAGGAAGAAAGUCAUUUCUAUCGCCUAGAAGGAGCAAAGGAUUUUUUGCUUUGUGGCAAUAACACAGAUGCAGGUAAAUGUCCAGAAGAGUAUAUCUGUGUGAAAGCUGGUAAAAACCCCAACUAUGGAUAUACUAGCUUUGAUACAUUCAGUUGGGCUUUCUUGUCACUGUUUCGACUGAUGACACAGGACGGCUGGGAAAAUCUUUAUCAGUUGACGCUACGAGCUGCUGGCACAUCGUACAUGGUAUUUUUUGUUGUGGUGAUUUUUCUGGGUUCCUUCUAUUUGAUUAACUUGAUUUUGGCUGUGGUUGCCAUGGCCUAUGAAGAACAAAAUCAAGCAACUAUCUUUGAAGCAGAGCAGAGGGAGGCAGACUUCCAACUGAUGCUUGAACAGCUGAGGAAGCAGCAAGAAGCAGCUCAGGCAAUAGCAGCAACUGUAACAGAGAUGACUGAAUACAGCGGUGAAAGUGGGAUUGCUGGACCCUCAGAUACUUCUUCAGAAGCAUCCAAGCUUAGCUCAAAAAGUGCCAAAGAAAGGAGAAAUAGAAGGAAGAAGAGAAAGCAGAGAGAGCUGUCUGGAGAAGAGGAUGACAUAAAACUUCCAAAAUCUGAAUCAGAUGGAAGUAUCAAAAGUAAAGGUUUCCGUUUUUCUUUUGAUGGGAACAGACUUACCUAUGGGAAGCCAUUUACAUCACCUCACCAGUCUUUGCUGAGUGUUCGUGGCUCCCUGUUUUCUCCCAGGCGUAGUAGCAAAACAAGCCUUUUCAGUUUUAGAGAAUACGGAAGGGAGAGAGGAUCUGAAAAUGAGUUUGCUGAUGAUGAGCACAGCACAUUUGAGGAUAAUUCGAGCAGAAGAGGUUCUCUCUUUUUGCCGUGCAGACACGGUGAACGGCGCAGCAGUAACAUCAGUCAGGCCAGUAAAUCAUCAAGAAGGCUGACAGCACUUCCAGUGAAUGGGAAGAUGCAGAGUGCUGUGGACUGCAAUGGAGUGGUUUCCUUAGUGGAUGGACCACCAGGUCUAUUGUCGCCUACUGGACAACUUCUGCCAGAGAGCACUGCUACAGAAAGAGAAAUAAAAACCAGGCGUACAAGUUCAUAUCAAAUACCAGUGGAGUUGCUGGAGGAUCCCAAUGUAAGGCAAAGGGCCAUGAGUAUAGCUGACAUUAUCACAAAUACAAUGGAAGAACUUGAAGGAUCCAGACAAAAAUGUCCACCUUGCUGGUGCAAGUUUGCUAACACUUUCUUAAUUUGGGAUUGUUGUGAGCUCUGGUUAAAAGUAAAGAGUGUAGUGGCAUUUAUUGUAAUGGAUCCACUUGUUGAUCUGGCUAUCACUGUUUGCAUAGUUUUAAACACACUAUUUAUGGCCAUGGAACAUUAUCCAAUGACUGAAGAUUUUGAGAAUGUGCUUAAAAUAGGAAAUCAGGUUUUUACUGGAAUUUUUGCAGCAGAAAUGGUUCUCAAGAUAAUUGCCAUGCAUCCUUUUUAUUAUUUCCAAGUUGGCUGGAAUAUUUUUGAUAGUUUUAUAGUUACUCUUAGUUUGGUGGAGCUUUUUCUGUCAAAUGUGGAUGGAUUAUCUGUUCUCCGAUCAUUCAGAUUGUUGCGAGUUUUCAAGUUGGCAAAAUCUUGGCCAACUCUAAAUAUGCUGAUUAAGAUUAUGGGCAACUCAGUGGGGGCUCUGGGCAAUCUGACCCUGGUGCUGACAAUCAUUGUGUUCAUUUUCGCUGUGGUUGGGAUGCAGCUCUUUGGGAAACACUACAAAGAUUGUGUCUGCAAGAUCUCUGAUAAUUGUGAACUUCCACGCUGGCACAUGCAUGAUUUUUUCCACUCUUUCCUGAUUGUAUUCCGAGUGCUGUGUGGAGAGUGGAUAGAAACAAUGUGGGACUGCAUGGAGGUUGCUGGCCAAGCCAUGUGCAUUACAGUCUUCAUGAUGGUCAUGGUGAUUGGAAACCUGGUGGUAUUGAACCUUUUUCUGGCCUUGCUGCUGAGUUCAUUUAGUUCAGACAAUCUUGCUGCUACAGAGGAUGAUAAUGAAAUGAACAACUUGCAGAUUGCUGUUGCAAGAAUUCAGAAGGGAAUAGAUUAUCUGAAGAAAAAAGCAGGUGAAUGUGUCCAAAAGUCUUGUUUGGGAAAACAAGCUGUUGUAAAUCAAAGAACAGCAACAGAUCAGUUGAAUGAUGAGAGACACCACUGCAUUUCCAACUGUACCAUCGCUGAAAUAAGGAUAGAUACGAAUUAUCACAAAAAUGAGAAUGGAAUGGCCACUGUUAUAGGUGGCAAUGAUUAUACAUCAUUCAUAAACAACCCAAGCCUUACUGUUACAGUACCAAUAGCUGAUGGAGAGUCUGAUUUUGAACAUCUAAACACAGAAGAGUUUAGCAGUGACUCAGAUUUGGAAGAAAGCAAGGAGAAGUUAAAUUUUUCCAGCUCAUCUGAAGGAAGUACAGUUAAUUUAGCUGUCUUUGGAGAUGAAAUAGCUGAAACUGAACCAGAAAAAGCAUCAGAACUACAGGACUGCUUUACAGAAGGCUGUAUACGGAAGUUUAAAUGCUGUAAAGGCAGUAUGGAAAGCACAAAAGGAAGAAUCUGGUGGAACCUUCGAAAAACCUGUUACAAGAUAGUAGAACACAACUGGUUUGAAACAUUCAUUGUCUUCAUGAUUCUUCUCAGCAGUGGAGCUCUGGCCUUUGAAGAUAUAAAUAUUGAACGGCGCAAGACUGUAAAAAUCAUACUGGAAUAUGCUGAUAAAAUCUUUACUUACGUCUUUAUUCUGGAAAUGGUGCUAAAAUGGGUGGCCUAUGGUUUUCAGACUUACUUCACUAAUGCUUGGUGCUGGCUGGACUUCCUGAUUGUUGAUGUCUCGUUGGUUAGCUUAAUAGCUAAUGCCCUUGGUUUGUCAGACCUUGGUGCAAUUAAAUCCCUCCGAACAUUAAGAGCUUUGAGACCUCUAAGAGCUUUGUCACGCUUUGAAGGCAUGAGGGUGGUUGUGAAUGCUCUUACUGGAGCAAUCCCAUCCAUUAUGAACGUGCUUCUGGUUUGUCUUACCUUCUGGCUAGUUUUCAGCAUCAUGGGAGUAAAUUUGUUUGCUGGCAAGUUCUAUCACUGUGUUAACACCACAAAUGAUGAGACAUUUACACCAGAGGAAGUCAGUAAUAAAAGCAUGUGUGAAAAAAUGAACAUGACUACUGGAGGUGUUCGGUGGAAAAAUGUGAAAGUAAACUUUGAUAAUGUUGCAAUUGGUUAUCUUUCUCUGCUUCAAGUGGCAACAUUUAAAGGAUGGAUGGACAUCAUGUACGCUGCGGUUGAUUCUACAGAAGCAGAGAAACAGCCCAAGUAUGAAGAAAGCCUGUACAUGUAUAUUUACUUUGUUGCCUUUAUCAUCUUUGGAUCAUUUUUCACCCUAAACUUAUUUAUUGGUGUCAUCAUAGAUAAUUUCAACCAACAAAAGAAGAAGCUUGGAGGUCAAGACAUUUUCAUGACAGAAGAACAAAAGAAAUAUUACAAUGCAAUGAAGAAGCUGGGAACCAAGAAACCACAAAAACCUAUACCUAGACCCGUGAACAAAUUGCAAGGUCUGGUGUUUGAUAUUGUAACAAAACAAGCAUUUGACAUUACCAUUAUGGUUCUCAUCUGUCUUAACAUGGUCACAAUGAUGAUAGAAACAGAUGACCAGAGUGAACUGAUGCAAAAUAUUUUACACUGGAUUAACUUGGUCUUUGUUGUCCUUUUCACUGGAGAAUGUGUCUUCAAAAUAUUCUCACUCCGUUUUUAUUACUUCACCAUUGGCUGGAAUAUUUUUGAUUUUGUGGUUGUUAUUCUUUCAAUAGUAGGUAUGUUUCUUUCUAAGGUGUUCGAGCAGUACUUUGUCUCCCCCACUUUGUUCAGAGUUGUACGACUUGCCAGAAUCGGUCGAAUCCUGCGCCUCAUUAAAGGCGCCAAGGGAAUCCGCACUCUGCUUUUUGCUUUGAUGAUGUCUCUUCCUGCUCUGUUCAACAUUGGUCUGCUGCUCUUCCUGGUCAUGUUCAUCUAUGCGAUAUUUGGCAUGUCCAACUUUGCCUAUGUUAAGAGGGAAGCUGGUAUAGAUGACAUGUUCAACUUUGAAACGUUUGGCAACAGCAUGAUCUGCCUGUUUCAGAUCACCACGUCUGCUGGCUGGGAUGCUUUGCUUGCCCCAAUUCUGAACAGUGGGGAGCCCGACUGUGAUCCCCAUAAAGAUCAUCCUGGGAGCUCUGUGAAAGGUGACUGCGGCAACCCUUCUGUUGGGAUUUUCUUCUUUGUCAGCUACAUUAUCAUCUCCUUUCUGGUAGUGGUGAACAUGUACAUUGCUGUGAUUUUGGAGAACUUCAGUGUUGCUACUGAGGAAAGCGCUGAACCCUUGAGCGAGGACGACUUUGAGAUGUUCUAUGAGGUCUGGGAAAAAUACGAUCCUGAUGCAACACAGUUCAUAGAAUAUAGCAAAUUGUCUGAUUUUGCAGCUUCUCUAGAUCCUCCUCUUAAUAUACCAAAACCAAACACAAUUCAGCUUAUUGCAAUGGAUCUACCCAUGGUGAGUGGUGACAGAAUUCACUGCCUUGACAUCCUGUUUGCUUUCACAAAGCGUGUUUUGGGGGAAAGUGAUGAGAUGGAUGCCCUCAGAAUACAGAUGGAAGAUCGAUUUAUGGCAGCCAAUCCUUCUAAAGUCUCCUAUGAACCAAUUACAACCACAUUGAAACGAAAACACGAAGAAGUAUCUGCUGCUAUCAUUCAGCGUGCUUACAGACGUCAUCUUUUAAGACAGGCAGUAAAGAAACUUUCAUUUAUGUAUCGGGAAGAUGGGGUUGAUCUGCUUAUCAGAAAAGAUAUGAUUAUUGGUAAGCUAAGUGAAAACUCACCUCCAGGGAAAGUGGAUAUGUCUGCAUCCACCACAGCUCCACCUUCCUAUGACAGUGUAACAAAACCAGAAAAAGAAAAAUAUGAAGAUGACAAAUCAGAAAAAGAAGACAAGGGAAAAGACAGAAAAGGAAAUAAAAAGUAAAAGACAGAGAGGUUGUCCAUGAUGAAUGUUCACAAGCCUGAGAAGAUGACGUUUUUAUCAGUAGCAUUCUUAUUGAAGAAUUAUGCCAAAAUUACAAGUUUUUACAUAUUUACCCACUGCUACGGUCAGUGCCUGUAUCAAGACUAUGACCCUUCACUAGUAAACUCUCAAUUUGUUACAGGGAAACAAACUUGCAGGACAAUAGUUUUGAUUAUCAGCUGUCAUUAACUGAGAGGAGACAAAAAAUUUCUACUUAGACUGUAGGAACCCUUAUUGGAGUGCAAAAUUACCAAUCCUUACAAGCGGGUAUUUUUGUGGAAUAAGUGUGUCCACCAAGUUCAUUUCAUCUCCUGUGUUCCAUGUGUGUCAGAGGUUUUUUUUGUUAUCUUAUUUGCUUUAAUCACACACUGCUAUCAGUAAUUCUGCAGUGUGAUAAAAAAAUCUAAAUACUUUUUAUUUAAAUAAAUACUAAAUGCUAAGUAAUACUCUGUAUGCAGAGGAACACAAAUGUCCGGAAUAUGUGAU